GCUUUCACAGUAGAGGAAAAAAACCGACAGCGGAGUGAAGCUGCGUACGAUAUUAGGGGUUAAGUCUGUUAGCAAAAUCCGCCUCCAUCCUUCUUUAUCCGGGCAAUAAUGACCCCCAAAAUACGGAGAACAUAAUCUACGUUUUUCACAUUAUCGAAUGCAGUCGAUAUUUUAGGUGUUCGUUCCUCAGAAAGGUAAAAAAGGGAUGGUGACAUUUGUAUUGUUACGGAAGGAGCUGGGAUUCUGGGGGGCGGGGGAAUGUGAAAUAAGGGGGUUGUAUAUCGCUUAGUGAAGCUGUUAUCUGCCUUGGUAAGGUAAACAAAAGGUUAAAAGCUAAACAUCAAGGAUACGCAACGUUAAACUGCCAAAGUACUAACGAAGCAACAGCCUUAGCUAACAACGAGAUGGAGCUGAGAGUAGGGAACCGAUACAGACUGGGCAGGAAAAUCGGAAGUGGAUCUUUCGGGGACAUCUAUUUAGGCACAGAUAUUUCCGUGGGUGAAGAGGUGGCCAUUAAGUUGGAAUGCGUGAAGACCAAACACCCCCAGCUCCACAUUGAGAGCAAGAUCUACAAGAUGAUGCAAGGAGGAGUGGGCAUUCCAACCAUCAAGUGGUGUGGAGCAGAAGGCGACUACAACGUGAUGGUGAUGGAGCUGCUGGGGCCCAGUCUGGAGGAUCUCUUCAACUUCUGCUCUCGCAAGUUCAGCCUGAAGACGGUCCUGCUGCUCGCUGAUCAGAUGAUCAGUCGUAUUGAGUACAUUCACUCCAAGAACUUCAUCCACAGAGAUGUGAAGCCCGAUAACUUCCUGAUGGGUCUGGGCAAAAAGGGCAACCUGGUCUACAUCAUCGACUUUGGCCUGGCUAAAAAGUACCGCGACGCCAGAACACACCAGCACAUCCCCUACCGAGAGAACAAGAACCUGACUGGCACCGCCCGUUACGCCUCCAUCAACACACAUCUGGGGAUCGAACAGUCGAGACGUGACGACCUGGAGUCUUUGGGCUAUGUUCUCAUGUAUUUUAACCUCGGCUCUUUGCCCUGGCAAGGCCUCAAGGCUGCUACCAAGAGGCAGAAGUACGAGCGGAUCAGUGAGAAGAAAAUGUCCACCCCCAUUGAGGUUCUUUGCAAGGGAUACCCCUCUGAGUUUGCGACCUACCUGAACUUCUGUCGCUCCCUGCGCUUUGACGACAAGCCGGACUACUCGUACCUGCGGCAGCUCUUCAGGAACCUGUUCCACAGACAGGGCUUCUCUUACGACUAUGUGUUCGACUGGAACAUGCUCAAGUUUGGAGCUAACCGUGCAGCUGAGGAAGCAGAGAGGGAGAGGCGGGACCGGGAGGACAGGCUGAGGCACGGCAGGAACCCAGGGGCCAGAGGAGUCCCUGCUGCAUCAGGACGGCCCCGAGCAGCCCAAGAGGGAGCCCCACCCACCCCGUUAACACCCACCUCACACACAGCCAACACGUCCCCUCGACAAGUAUCCGGUAUGGAGCGUGAGCGAAAGGUCAGCAUGCGACUGCACCGCGGCGCCCCUGUCAACGUGUCCUCCUCAGACCUGACAGGACGGCAGGAGACGUCCCGCAUGUCCACCUCACAGAAUAGUAUUCCCUACGAGCAUCACGCCAAGUAGACGCUCGCCACGUCCUUGUGUGACGCCGGCAACAUUGGAUGAUGUCCGGUGUACCGAACGCUGGUCUCCAUCUUCUAGCUCCUCGAUGAGCCCUCCCCACAAUGCACCCUGGCGGACCAGGCCCUUUCCACUAAGAAGCAAUCUUAACAUUCUUACUAACUACUAUUCCUAACUACAGCCGCCUGCCGGCUCACUGCUCCCUGACUGCUCUCAGUACAGCUCUCAUUCAGACUCUGGUCCUCUCCCAGGACUAAACAGUGGCCGCACCUCGGGACCACUCUUGUUUUUCAGGAGACGUAAAAACAAAACACCACGAGCAGAGUCUGAAUGGGCAGCGCUUUGUCUGAGGCAAACAUGGCAGCCGGACUCACUGAAGUGAAGACUCCUUCCUCUGCAGAAACAUCUGUCAUUGAGGACCCCACAUUUCCACCGUCUGCUACUUCGAACCUGAUCAAUAAAACAUCUCUUUUGAGCAGUCAAAUGUAUAAAGAUAAAGCAGCAGCUUUUCAUUUUCUAAAUAUAUGUAUGGGUAGUUUUUGGGGUGUGAUGCUUUUCACUUUUCAUUCCCUCCUCCCACUGACCACUUUUUCUGUUUUUAACUAGGGCCCCCACCACUGAUGGGGCUCUCUUCAUUAACUAUAUAGCCGUUUGUAUUAAAUAAAAACAAAGUACUUCUUUGCAUGUUUUAGAGGUGAGUCUUCAGCGGCAGGCGUGGACUCGACUGCUAGUUGAACCCCUGCACCUACCAACCAUGUGCUUUGGUGUGCUGGGUGAUGGAGGUUGUGUAUUCACACGUUAGUUGGCAAAAAAAAAAGUUCUGUCUUUUCAUCUCCAGGCUCUGGGGCCCACUGAGCCCGCUUCCCCUUUCUAGAGUUCCAUACUAAGGAAGUGCACUUUACGUAGGGGGCAAGGACAUCAGCUAGCAUAUUUUACCAGGUGUCCCUUCACUGUGUACAGAGAAACAUCUUUCUUAUUUGUAUCAUUUUCAAGCUGUGAAUUACUUGUAAUAUUGUUGUAAAAAUGUUUGCUCAUCUGUUGAUGGGUGUGGCUUGCUCGAGGAACCUGUGAGUUUGAGAUGCCAUAAAUGUAGUAGUGUCCCAUCAGCCCCCCCGCGGAGAAAUGGAGGUAUCACAGAGCCAGCUGCUGGCAGGGAGGGUGGAUGUGAAAGACUUGGUGCGACCUGUUUGCUGUCACUGCUCUUCGGUGAUCUGGCAUGUGACAAACUGCAGUACUGCUACAGGCACUAUAGUUUUGUGAAACAAUUCUUUGUUGAGAGGAAACCUCAACUUGUACAGCAGCAGUGGGGUUUUUUGUUUUCAAUCUGGACACUUCUCUGCCAUGUCUAUCAGAAUGAAAUGGCCUGUUCAUUCUUCCUGCUGCUGCUCCUUCUAAUAUCGGAUUUUGACCCUUGACCUCUUCGGUCAGCCGCUUUACAUCGAGUGAAUUAUGUAAGCAAACGGAUCAGCGAGAUUUACUUAAUCACAUUUAUAUUUGCCACUGUAUUUGUGUACUUAAACUGUAAAUAAAUGAAUUACUUGUA